GCUCUACCCUCACGCUCCAGUACAUACACUUACAUCAGGCUAGAAAACACCAACUACAGAUAAAAUUGAACCUUGGAAACGUUAAUUGCCAUGCUGCCCAGCUACUCACCUACCUACCUCCCCUACGCUAACACUCUCCCAUACUUCUUCGUAUCCGGGCCCUCGCACCACCAAGGUUCAACUAACAUACCACCUUCCAGCGCUCACUGCGAAGGGCAUGAUGCUGACGGAAAGCCACUACACUCUAACGCCUCCAGCUGCUAUGAUUCUCAAGCUUCUCUAGAGACGCCAGACGUCACGGGUAGUGCUUAUGUGACCGUACCGGUCCUCAUUUUUGGCGAGGAAGAAGAAGAAGAAGAAGAGGACAACGCACGAGCACACCUUGCCAUUCGGUACUCUUUUACUGUUGAUGAUGGGUAUGUAGAACAGCUUACCUGCCUACCUAGGUACUCACCUACAUAACUCGUUAUCAGUCUACUCACCCACACAUACCUGACCUGGGUACAUUUCCGUUACAAAGCCCAAUGGCUACAUAGUAAGCAACCCUCCCACCAACCUCGUACACACAUGACAUGACAUACCCAGUGGCACCAAUCCCCAC